AAUGGUGUGGGUUGGAAGGGACCCUUGAGAUGAUCUAGUCCCAAUCCCCUUGCUAUAAGUUGCACCAGAUCAGGUUGCUCAGAGCCCCAUCCGGCCUGGCCUUGCAUGCUUCCAGGGAGAAGGCAUCUGCAACCUCUUUGGGCAACCUGUUCACGUACCUUAGUUCUGACCGUGUUGCUUGGAGGCCUGUAUAGAGGUAGUUUCCCAUUCCAGGUUGUGUGCACACGUGAGGAUGUCUAUCAGUCCUUCAAACUCCUAGGAUUUCUUGAUGUUAAAAAUGUCCCAUGUGCGCGAGAAUCAGUGCUGUAUGGCUCUCUGGGAUCUUUAGUUGUGGGUCUUGGACACUUUUUAGCAACUAGUAGAGUUAGAAGAUCUUGUGACUUUGCAGUCGGUGGCUUUAUUUGCACAAUGUUAGGAUACUGGUUUUACUGCAGGUACAAUUUAGCCCAACAGAAGAUUCGGCAAAGAAUGCUUAAAGAAGGAAUGAGAAACAAAAUGUUAUUUGAAGGCAGUUCUUUUGAUCCAGAAAAAAAACAAACUGGCAAUGAAAGAAGCAAUUCGUAGUCCUACUAUAGGGGAAUCUGUAUAGGUGGUGUAACACAGCAUUAAGAGAAGGCGGUCCAAAAAUGGCAGUGUGCCCUGUAAGUAUGUCAGAUAACUGAAACUGAUAAAUCAUGCUGGUUUUCCUAGAAGAUUUAAGUAAGAAAUUCAGAGUGAAUCUGUUAAAUCUGUAUAUAAGCCUUUCUUUGUUUCAUGUAUGUAUAUAUGUGACUAUGUACACAGUUAGCAAUGACCUCCUUGUUUUUGACUUGUUAAACAUUUGGCAAUUGACGCUGUAUUGCACAGUCUCAGAAUUAAUGACAACAUUUGGGGGCUGCUUUAAGCAAAGUUGUAAUUUCACCUCGUUUAAAUGCAAGAUAAUUUUCAUUAGCUGUUCUGAGUAAAUGCAUCUUGCAGUGCUGCUGCUAAGUGUAGCAUUUGGAAAGUGGGAAUACUUAAGCAGUAGGUGAGUGCUUUGUUUGUGCAAAGUGAAGAUAUCGGUAGCUUCUGUAACUUCAAAAAAUUUAUAGAGGCUGUGAAGUUGAGUUUCCAUCUUUGUUCCAUCUGUGCAAAAUUAAGAAUAAAAACACUUCAGGAGGAAUUUCACAUACUUAUGUAACUUCACUGAAGAAGAUUUUUAAGACAUUUUGUUACAAUUGGUAGAACAACAAUUGAUGUGAUUUAUAAGUGGUGAUGGUUCAUCUAAAAAGGCACACUAUUAGUAUACAUCACCAUAAAUCUUCAGUUAAAAGAAAUAUAGACAUAUACUUUCAUAGAAAAUAUCUUAUUUGUCUUAUUUGAAAAUAGUGUUAGCUCUAAUUGAAUACUGACAAGAAUAUGAAUGAUGGUGUAGUAUGCCUUUGUUUACAUGCUUCUGACUAUAUAAUGAAGAGUGUAUUUAGGGUUUUCACAAAAUGACUUAUAGUAUAUUACGUUAUAAGCAUUUCUGGUCUAAUUGAGCAAAAACAGUCCUUUCUCUCUACCCUGGACUUAGUUUGAGAGAGCUUGUGACUCAGGUUGGUGGGGGUGGGGAUGUCCAGCUGUAAGCAGCAGCAUGGCUCUAUUAAUUUGGAAGUAUACAUCAGAGCACUAAACCAACAUGCUGCUAAUACAAAGAUAAUUCAACUUUCACAUUGUAUGGAUUUGCCUCGUACAAUAAGAAAACAAAUCUGCAUUCUUUACCAUUUCUAUUUGUACACUGUUCCUCUUGUUUUUUCUGGAGGAAGUGAAAGAAUGAAGAUAAGUUUUAUAGAGAACUUCCAGUUCAGUAAUUGGUAUUAAAAAGCCCCCAGAGACCUGGAGUUAUCACAAUGAAACACUACAUUCACCAGAGAAUUCAAGCUUGGAAUUUGACUCACAUUUAGCUCUAAUUCACAGAAGAAAAUGUUACUCCUAAUUUUGUGGUGUAAGGGGAGAGGUGCUCCUUCUCUUUGGAUCAGGUAGGAAGCGUUGCCUCAUAAAGCCCCUGGAGUGACUUUAGGAAACUGAGCGAGUACUUAGCGCACGCUCCUAUUUUAAUACAUGGUUGAGUUCUUUCCUAUCUGACGUAAGAAAAGGAACUGCAACCUAAGCAGGGAUCUUCUUGCUGUGAGGUCAUAAUUCAGCUGGGGAGGUCAGAAGACAAAAAUGUCUGGAUUAAUGUUUAGUCUUCGGCAAAAAUCAGUUGUUGAGAAAGAAGAGAAUAUGCUUUUGUCCUGACAGGAAAGAAGGUAGCAUGCAUGUAAGGGCAUCUUUCAAAAUAAUUAAGUACUGUGACCACAAUGAGGAGCAAACAGCAGAAUUAGAUCAUCUCCAGUGUUAUUUGGCUCUUGUUUUGUGCUACUGUAGUUAAAACUACCACCUCUGGCUGCUUAGCUACAGUAUUAUAAUUCUGGCCAAUAACUGUUAAAUUCUACAUAGAUGUAUCUGCAUUGCUUAGAUCACCAGCCUAAUGCUACUUCACUGUAUAAAAUAUAAAAUGAGUGUGUUUCACACAAAUGUUAGCAGAAAAAAUGGGAUAAGUGGUAAUAUGCAGCAGUCUGGCCAGCAUGUUUGAGUUUCAUUAUUUAAAGCUGAGGUAAAAUGGAGCUAGUAAAAAGUCAGAGCCUUUGCUGAAUGGAGAGAGGGGGUAGAAAAGGAAACUGUGAGAAGGAUUUAGCUGACAUGAAAGGGAGGGGUCUGUAACAGUAGAGAAGGAAUGAACUGAGAGUUAACCAUGCACAAACUCUCCCUACUUUAAGGCAAUCUAAAGGGCCACCAAAGUACAUAAAUGGGCCUAUGGCAUCUUCAGUUCCUGCAUGCUUUACUCAUCGUGCUGCUUGUGUUACUGACAUUCUUGGUGUUCAGCAGCCCUCUUCCAGCAGGAUUGCAUUCAGAGCUCCUGGCAGCGACAGGAGAACACCACCGAGGGGUCGUACACUCCAAGCCUUCCAGGAAGGAGUCACUGUCAAGGCAACAGGCAGAAAUAUGGCAAUCUCAGUAGGGUGUGUUGCCAGCUCUGUAAUAGACUUGUGUGUGAUCAGAUUGCCUCUACUGUCCAGCAUCUUGCUAUAUAGCAGAGGUAAUGCUUUAGCCACCAAAAAUUGUGAAAGACUCAAAAGCCAAGAAUUAAAAUGUUUAAUUGACAACAGAGGCAAUUACAACUGUCAUCCCGAAGUUGUCAAUUACAGCUUUACCCAAACAGAGAUUUUUUAGGAGAUGAUGGCUUUGAUUUCUCCGUUCAUUUUGCAGAUUGACAGGCUGUCUUGUUGUUUACCACCCAACCCAAGACCUAGAGUGCUGUGAAGGAAAGGUCACUUGGUGUCAUUAAUAAAUGACUCUGGCUUUUGGUAAAAUGACUUUUUCAAGGGGAUUACAAUGAAGCAUUAGUGAGUUCCCAAGUGAAAGAAUUACCCCAGCUCAGUAAUUCCCAUGCUUCUCUCAUACCUGUAUUCUGUAGCUUAUGUCAGGAACUCAGUGAUUGCUAAUUAAAGUUUGAAGCAGAUACAGUAAAA